GAGAAAGUUUCGUCUGCUAAAAGCAUUAAGAAAAUGAUGCCUCUUCAAUAUUUUUGAUUUGAAACAUUUAUAUAAAAAUCAGAAAAAGAAGCAGUAAAACCUCUGGUUCUGUAAUUUAAUAAUGAACGAAAAAUUGUGAUAAAUCGUUAACAUUUAAGUAUAUAGUGAAAAACUAUAUAAACAACUAGUGAAAAUGGAUAAUAUUGAACUAUUAUUUUUUGACACCUUCUCCCAUGACAUUUCAGAAGAAUUAAAUUUAGAUCUAGUUCAAUUUCCAAAACCUGUUUAUAUAAGUGAGGUUAGAAUUAUUCCACUGGGUGCCCGGGUUCAGGCUGAUUUUCCCGGAGGCGUUCGUCUAGGGGCAACGAAUCCUUCACAAUUUGAAAUAGAAUUUUUCGUCAAUGAUCUGAGUAAACCGGGAGCAUCGACCUUUGAAUCAUUGGGUGGCUUGGAGUAUAAGCAAAAUAUUCACAUACAAUUGGAAUGCGAACGAAAACAAAUUCCCACAGAUGGAUUAGUUCUUCGUGGUUGGUAUACGACAAUAACUUUAGCUGUUUACGGAAGUUUGACAAAGUCAAUUAGCAAUCCGCAGGAAGUACCAAGUGCUCCUCCAGCAGCCGCUGUCACCGUGGGAAUUCCCGAGGAGAAUUCAGUCAAGGAGACGGUAGUUCAACCCAAGGAACCCGAACCCGAAUGGUUUUAUGAGAAUCAAGCUCAGAAUAAUGCCACAGAAUCGGCUGCAGUUGCAACACCGCCACCGCCACCACCAGUCGUGGUGAGUCCACCGGAACCAAAAAAAGUUCCCGCCGAACCACCAAAGACAGAAGCACCUCCGCCAUGGAAAGAAGAAGAACCAUCGCACAAAUUGAUAAAACGCCCAAUUUCACCGCCUUCCGAGUCAUUGAUUUCCCUGAGUCCGGAAUCAAUUUCCGCCGAAGAGGAAGAUGGCGAUCAGGAGACAAAAGACUCGGGAGCUGUAGAACCUUACGAACCAAUUCUCUCCGACGAAGACAUGGUCGAUGACAUCCCCUCGGCAAUUGACUACGAAGCCGAAAGUCAAGCUCUCGAUAUUCACCUCCUCCAUCCGCCGAAUCUUCUAGACAUUGAAAAAAUUCCCCUCAACUACGAUCAAAGAACCCUAGACCCACGAGCCGUGGAUAAAUUACGCGAAACAAUAGUUUCACUCGCAAAAUCAGUGGCAAAUUUCAUCUCAGCAUCGGGUCAAGAGAAAGAGACAUUUGUCCACAAUUGCGAAACACUCUGUCUAACAUUAAAUUCAUUCACUCUGACUGCCGAUGAUUUUCACAAUCUCUCCGAUAUUUGUUCAGCGGGAUUGGAUAUUGAAAUGGCGAGAUCACAACCACAACCCGCUUAUAAAGUUCGUCACAUAAAAGUCGGUGUUCGAUUGACCGAAUCGUUGUGCCGUUUAACUGAGGGACCGGAUAUUUUAUUGAAAAUCAACGUUCCUCACAAACUCCUAACUUUGUGUAUGCGUGAAAAUGUUGCACUCUCAGUGAAAUUGUCCGCGAUUCGUGCUCUCGACGCAUCGCUAAUAAGUCCGAAAAUCGUCGACCAAUUCCUCAAGAUUAACAGCGAAUUAUAUAAAUUAUCAUUGAUAAUGUUGGACGAGGCAAAAUUGGUACGAUUGAAAUACGCUCUCAGUUCGUUAUUGAGAAAAAUUCAUGUUUACGAAUUAUUGUCCGAAUUGAAACAGAAUGAAAUGAAAGCAUCGAUAAAAAGAGAAGACGAUGAAGAUGAAAAGGAACUAUUAGAAAGAAACAAAAUGAAUGAGAUAAUAAUAACAGAACUAAAGAAUGGAUACGCUUAUGCACCCACGAUAAUGGCACAACCAAAACGUCAACUUCCUGCGAGUGCCCAAAUGGAAUUCGAAAGAGAACAGAAUAGAAAUCCUAGAAAGCAUUUAAUUACAUAUUAUGCGCAUCAUCAAUUAUUGGAAAGACUUUUGGUAUUUCUCUCGUCACCUGAUUCGAGUAGGGAAUUAAUAAGAGCGACGAGAGAAUUUUUGCUUUGUAUGUCGGAGAGUGAAGAGGGUUUGGUUUACAUGUUGAAGGAGCCAAGAGUCUCGCAAUCUUUGCUGAAAGUUUUUAGAUACGAUCAAAGAGGAAUUGGCGAGGAACUUGCUUGGCGUUUUCAAGUGAUUCAAUGCCUGAUGAAUAUGACCUGUCGAAGAGAUGAUUGGAAUUCAUUGAGAAAACUUCAUUCACUUCUCACAUUUCCACAGGGAUUACAAGCAAUUAUUUACGUUGUUCCAAUGGGGAAUUUUAUUGAUAUUUUAAUUCCCUUUCUUGGCGAUGAGCAUCUUUAUGAAUUUGCGGGAGAAAUUAUUUCAGCUGUUAUUCGAUAUUCUGAUCGAGUGGAGAUUAUUCAUCAUCGGGCUAAGGAAUUAAUUGAGAAGACAAGACAUCCUGUUUUGAGGGAUGUUAUGUCUUAUUUGUCCAUUGCUGCACAAGCUUCGAGUUGGAACUAUGGAGACGUAUCUUCGUUGAUAUCGAUAAUAAGGAAAAAUUCCGACAAGGCAACCUCCCUGCCUGGCGAUUUGAUCACAGCCUUGAGAAUUUUGCACUACCUCGUAUUUCCAUCGUCGGACGAUGUUGAUCCCAUGGAACCUUACAUUGAAUUGAAGCAUCGUAACGCAUUGACACAACUUUUCGCUGCCGACGGUCUCAGUGCAUUGGUUUCCGUGAUGUCGAACGUCGCCGAUUUCUACGAACAACCAUUUCUACAUCGAGCAACACUCACUGGAAAAAGAUGUCUAGGAUUGAUAUCACUAUUAUCACCGACAGUAAAACUCACCCGUGCAUUACUCGAACGUCUCGUCAAGUGUAUGGGAACCGAUUUUAAGGAUCUAACAGUAGUCGUUCCUCUCCUCGGUGUUUAUUCACUCAUCGAAGCAAUUCCAGCGACACAAAAAAUUUGUGAUCUCUCCUCUGAGAUUGUUGCGACACUUUUAAUUUUCACACGUGCCGUUGAUUCCGAUGGUUCCGGCAAUGUUGCCAAAUCCCUUUGGACACAAAUGUUGGGCGAAGUGCUGAAAAUGCUAUCACUGAGUCCUUCGAAUUUCAUUCCUGGAUUAAAAUUAUUGACAAGAUUAUUGCCUUCGAUUUUGACGAUGAAAGAAACUUCGUCCGAGGAUAAAACGAGAAUUCUAGGUUUGAGAAAAUUGUGGUCAGCUCAUUUGCAGGCGCAAGCAAAUAAUCUCAUAGACACACUGAGACUAUUGUGCUCGAGUUGGAAUCAAGAGCUGCUGUGUCUUGUUUCGAUGGUCUGUAAACAAUUGAGUGAUUUAGCAGCACCGACAGCAUUGCUCGUUGGCCGAUGUCUACUCGAUGGUAUUCUAAUGGCUAAUCCAUUGGAAAAUAAUCUACCGAUUCUCGGCUUACUCGCAAAUUUAUCACAACACGCGCCAAUGAAGGCGACACUCCUCACUCUCAUGAAUCCAGCAUCACGGGCUCAAGUCAAAUCCGAUCAGAAAUACCCCCCAGUCAUUGAAAUGAUGUGCUCCACUCUAAAGAACGCCAGCGACAAUCGAAUACAAUUCGAAAUAUUGAAAAUUUUCGAUACACUCUGCGAUUCGAAUAUCAGUUUCGUCGAAGAAGACGCUAAAGAAUCAUUCGAAAAUCUCCUCACUCACUCAGUGCCGAGCAAAGAACCCUUACUUCUAAUUCUUGCCCCACUGAUUGAAAUUUUAGCCAGCGCCUCGAAAUACCAUUCAAACAUCGUCAAGAGCACUCUAAAUAUUCUCAUUUCCCUAAUUAGUCACAACUACGGUCUCUAUCAUGUGAAAAGUUGUCUGGAAAAUAAUCCCGAAGCGUUGAAAACCCUACUGGAAUAUAUCGCGACACAAAUCGAAGAAAAAAUUACAGACGAAGACAAAGAAUCAGAGACAAAAGAAGAAGAACAACAAGAGGAUGAAAUUACAUCCCUCGCCGAAUUGACUGUUAAUUUUCUAGAAAAUUUAAUUUCUCCCAAAUCACAAAAACGAACAUUAUGCUUACGUGUACAGCAAUUAGCUCAAUUAGUCUCAUGGGAUAAAAAUGGACAUCCUUUGGAGAAAAUUAAUGCAGCUAGGGAAUUAAUUGAUGGACUAAAAUCAUUGGAUGAGAAGGAUGAUAAGGAAUCAUUGCCAGAAAUGUUGGAACCAUUACUACCAGCACCGGAGGCAUUAUUAAAUCAAUUUUCCCAAAGAUCAAUAAAUGUUCAUGAUUUUAAUGAUGAUGAGAAAUCGAGGAAAAUUUCUAAUGAAACAAUUUCGGGACAAAGUGAAAUUACCAUUGAUCUAAUUGCCCUGGCUGCUGAAUUAUUACCAGCUGAUUUUAAUUUACUCACUGAAACACAAAGAUUGUGUGCGAAAGCACCGCUUGAUAAUGCGACACAUCUCAAGAGUCAAACUGAUGAAUCGAGGGAAAAUCAAAAGCAAAAUAAUACACCUAUUCCAAAAAUAAAACAACCUUUCGUGUCGCAUAUGAGGGGACGAACGCAAUUCGCGAAUUCGAUGAGGGGCAAUCCGGUUGGAAGUGGUGCUGGCCGAGGAGUGGAUCCAUUCAGAUCGAGACCGCCGAAUACCUCGAGACCGCCUUCAUUGCAUGUUGACGAUUUUGUUGCACUGGAAACGUGUGGAGCACAACCAACAGGUCCCACUGGUUACAAUAAACUCAGUAUUCGCGGCACCGGCUCUCAACGUGGUGUCAUGUCCGGAUCACGUGGUCGGCCCUGGGUUCCUGAGCCACGACCUUAUCUUCGAUAA